AUUCUACUGGUUCGAGUUUCGCGUUGAUUUCUUAAUAUUCGCUUCAACUACCACUCUCUUUCCCCUUUUAAUUCAAUUUUAUGUUCCCCUUCUUCGCUUCCAAAUAUUUGAUUGUUUUGAACCUAAUUAUUCAAUUUGAAAUUAAUCUCAUACUGCAUUUGAUUGUUCAAUGUUUUCAUUUUCAGGUCCUGCGACAAUAUCUUCUCCUUUCAACUGUCUUUGCAGGAAUGGCUGCAAUCCUAGCUCGGAAAUCGCUUCUUGCUCUUCGCACCCGCCAACUGGCUGUAAGUGGGCAAGGGCUGCGUAGCUCCCAAAACUAUGGCCUGCGACUAAGUGCACAGUCCUACUCUACCAAAAAAGAGGAUGAAGAAAGGGAGCAACUUGCAAAGGAAAUUUCAAAAGAUUGGAGUUCUGUUUUUGAACGGAGCAUCAAUACACUUUUUCUCACUGAAAUGGUUCGAGGUCUAAUGCUGACGCUGAAAUACUUCUUUGAACCAAAAGUUACAAUCAAUUAUCCAUUUGAGAAGGGCCCCUUGAGCCCUCGUUUCCGUGGUGAACAUGCACUCCGACGAUAUCCAACAGGGGAAGAACGUUGUAUUGCCUGCAAACUUUGUGAAGCAAUAUGUCCUGCACAAGCAAUCACAAUUGAGGCUGAAGAGCGAGAAGAUGGAAGCCGCCGGACAACUCGGUAUGAUAUUGACAUGACCAAAUGCAUCUAUUGUGGAUUUUGUCAAGAGGCAUGCCCUGUUGAUGCCAUUGUUGAAGGGCCAAACUUCGAAUUUGCCACUGAGACUCAUGAGGAGCUUUUAUAUGACAAAGAGAAGCUGCUUGAAAAUGGGGACCGAUGGGAAACUGAAAUUGCAGAGAACCUGAGAUCUGAAAGCCUUUAUCGCUGAUUUCCAUUUGAUCUUUGGCUGUUGUUUUUUCUGUCUAAUUGAGCAAUGAUAAAUAAAAGUGAUCCGUGAAUGUUUUAAAACAGUUGUAUGGAUAUAUGGUGGUUACAUCAGUUUUUCCUUUUGUCAAAUUUUGCAUUGCUGGUAUGUAUACAAUAGUGAUGAUGUUUAUCUCCUUGAAAUAUUGAACAAAUGUGGAAAUAAUUGAAAAAUUCAACAAACAAGCCUCUCAGCAUGCUAGCAAGUUGUAGGCUUGUAGUGUUAAUUGAUCCUUAGAAGAUGGAAGUAUUGAUGUGGUGUAGCUUACAGACUAUAAAGUGUUGAAGAUUUGAUGAUUGCGAGCAUGUAUGAAUUCUUGUGCAAUAGGCAAAACUUUU